CCAGCACACACACAGCCCGCAGCGUCUUGCGCCAUGUCUGCGCCCUUCUACCCACCGCAGCUCCUGCUGCUACCGAUCCAGCUGCAGCAUCGUCUGCCCCCGCCCUUGCAGUCGGUCGAGCUGGAGCCUCUGCUGCUCCUGCACACUUUUCUCUCGCUGCCCAUUUCGACGUACACGGUCAAGCCGUCGUACGCCUUUCCACUGGCCCUCUUUGGCCUCGUCGCGCUGCACCUCCAGUCGGGCCUCCUGGCGCACUUUCAGGUCCUUUGGCUCGUCAGCGUCGCCCUCGAUGUCGUCUGGCUCCUGUACAAGGGCAGCACCGCCUCGAGCACCGUCGUCUUUCUCGUCGGCAUGAAUAUGCUCCUCAAGCUCGUCAGUGCCGGCGCCGUCGCGCGGGUGCUCGAGAGCGGCGGCGAAGUCCGGCUCGAAGGCGGCGGCGCUUGGGGAGCAUCGUCGGCGAGUGGGCCUGGCUGGAUGGGCGCGAGUGGCCUUCCAGGUGUAUGGAAUGGUGCGAGUGGAGGGGCGAGGUAUCAGACCAUCUACGACGACGGCCAGGAUGCCGCGGUAGGAGGCUAUGCAACAGAAGCAGACGCUCCUCCAAUCGUCUCACCCGUGUCAGCUCCUCGGCCCUCAUCUUCGGCGCCUCAACGAUCCGGCGCACAGCAACAGCCAGGGCAGGGGCAAGGACAAGCAGCGCAAGCGACUAGCGGCGACAAAGGAGGCAGCUAUCAGACCAUCGCGUGACGUUCAUAUAGAAUGCGCGAAAAAAGGGGUCCUUUCCUCCCUCAAAUGUCAUUGAUCCCGCUAGGAAUGAAAAGAACGAGGUCAUAGAACAGAGAGAGGAAGUGGUAGAGAAGUGGAGCGAAUUUUAAAGACAACA